GGCGCUGAGGAGGGCCCUGAUUGGCUGCCGACGAGGAAGCAGGAAGGGAGGACGGACGGAGCAGAGCAGGGGCUCGAUGCUGCCGCUGCUGCUUUCGGGGAGUUAGAGCACAUCGGCGGCGGAGGCGAAGGCGGCGGACCAGGAGGAGUGGCGGCGGCGGCAAAGCGACAGGACAGGAGCGGCGCCUUUCUCCCACCGAGGGAAUAGUGGCAGCAACAGCAGCCGACACCGCCCCCCUCCUCCGGCCUUGCGCGCGCGGGCCCCAGAAGGGGGCGCGCCUCCAGUCCCCAUCCCGCAGCCGGGCGGCUACGCGGUGGGAGGCGGCGGCGGCGGCAGCAGCAGCAGCAGCAGCAGAGGAGGCGGUGCUGACGCAGCAACGUGGAACCCGGGACUCGGGCGCCCCGGGGCGUUCCAGCCGUCGGAUUCCACCCCGGCCGGGGCCUCCGCCUGCCCUGGGUGGGCCCCGUUGAGCCGAACGGCGCCGGCAACGACGACGACGACGACGGAGCAGCCCGCGAUCAUCCCGGGGACUGGGAACAUUUACAAGAUGAUCUGCAGUCGACACCCCCUUCUCUGUAGCCUUUCUUGAAGUCAUUGUGUGUGGCUAACUGCAAGCAGGGGUGGACAUUGAUCCUAUGACGCAUGCCUGGAAGAAACAGCUCCUACUUCUGAAACACUCAGCUGGUUCUGCUGGCCGAGCUUUGUCACCGAUUGACGGUGGGAGAAUGGAUAGGACUGAGGCGGAGGAUAUCAAGCAAGGAAAUGGCACCGAAGGGCAAAACUGCCUGAGUAGAUUUGCAGGCGUGAAUAAAAGCAGGAAUUCACAGGAACUCAGAAAGACAUAUCCAUUGAGAAAACGUCUCGGCUCAUCCGUGGAUAAAAAAACAUGUUCGGUGCUCCUCACUAGACUGGAAGAUGUUGCUGGAUCACUGUCGGAGGAGACUCAGAGUGGGAUGAAAAGAAGUCUUGCCAAUUGUAUGGAUGACUUCAGACCUGCCUGCCUUCCCAAGCAAGUUCAGGUCGUGAGAGCAGGGAAACAAGAUUCUUCUGGGGGGAAAUGCACAAUAGCUUGUUCUGGAACUGAGCGGGAGGCGCACGACAAUGGUUUCUCAGAACCCAGGAAGCGAAGGCUGGCCUCCCUGAAUGCAGAGGCAGUGAACAAUCUGCUUUUUGAACGGGAUGAUGGCUUAUUAACCGGCAGACGUUUUAGAAAAGAUUCCCCCCAAGUCAGUGGAGUUUGUUGCACUAAGAAUAUAUGUUGCAGUACUCAGGGCCCUUGGCCCUUGGUGGAAAAGGAGAGCUCUAAAAUAGUGAAAGGAAAGAACCAAAAUCGAUCAAGUCAGAAGUAUGCUUCUUAUGACCAGUCGUUGGAUGGUGUCUUUGAAGGGAAAGGGCGGGAGGAUAGUGGGAUUUCCUACCAUCCUGCUCCAAAGAGAUUGGCCAGUCUCAAUGCUGCAGCAUUUCUGAAACUGACCCACGAAAAAGACCAGCCACUGAAGCCCAGGAGUAAAUCAACUGGAGAGAAAGAAAGAAAGCUGGAAAACCACAAUUCCAAAUCAAAGCUCAAGUGGGCCAAAGCCAGUGGGAAAACUUGCGUUAAAUCCAAAAAGGAAACGUCCACUAUAAAAAAAGAGGGUCAGCAUAGCUGGCAAGGAAUCACUGAGGGGGCAUUUAGAAAAGUAGUCCAUCAGGAUUCUCCUAGAAUUUUGGGGAAAGCGGAAUCUAUCAAUUAUGAACCGUUACCUAACUCUUGUGAAGGCACAGAAGGUUUCUAUCACAGACUGCCUUUGCUAAUGGGUGGGCAAGCGUCAAUGAAACCUGAAUAUGGAAGACCUGGAGAGAAAUCUCCUACUCCCAAGCAGGAAUUUCAUCAGCCUUCCUUCCCAGUACCUCAGUUCCAUCCUUUGCCCGUGCCAGGAAACCAUCUGGAUUGUGGCUGUCUGUAUGAAUCGUCGGACUUGACUCCAUUGAAUGGGUUUUAUGUUUAUUAUGGCCAAAGUGGAUACAAUAGUUACACUCAUUGCUCAGUUUACCCGAAGGACGAGCUGUCGCAGGCAACGAGUUGUGAGGGGCUUUUGGUAUCUCCAGGUUCUUUACCAUCAGACCCUUCGUUUCAGCCAUUUCACUGGUGUAACUCUCCGUACUGUUGUGGGGAAGGGCCGGCAGUUAACAGUUACAGCCUUUGCGGAGUUAUGCAUGUACCAGAAAGCAGAAUUAGUAGUGUGCAUACAGGGCGGAAUGGCUACUCCUAUAAGAUGCCUUUUGCAGCAGACAGCUGCAAGUCCCUGGACCAGCUGAGCCUCACAAUCCCUGUGGCAGGGCACCCUGUUUCACCUGCCCACCCACUCUCAGGAUGUCCGGUACCAAGUGUGCCACCAGCUGCGGAACCUGUUCCUCACUUGCAGACGCCCAACUCGGAGCCCCAGACUAUGGCCCGUGAAUGCCCGCAGAGUUCCAAGCCCCCCAGUGGCUCUAAAUCAGGCCUCCGUAAUACUGCCAGCUGUUAUGUGUCUGACAGCAAAACAGUUGGGACUCAGUCUCAUCCAAAGCAACAACGCAUCAACCGGAGAAGAGCCACCAAUGGCUGGAUCCCCAUUGGAGCAGCCUCUGAGAAAGCUGUCUAUGUUGUGAAUGAACCAGAUCCAACUGUUCGUAAGAGCUACCAGGCAGUGGAAAGAGAUGGAGAAAUCAUCCGGGUCCGAGACACAGUCCUCCUGAAAUCAGGACCACGAAAGAAAUCCAUGCCUUAUGUGGCAAAGAUAUCUGCCCUAUGGGAAGACCCCAAAACAGGGGAGCUGAUGAUGAGCCUCCUGUGGUAUUACAGACCGGAGCACACUCAGGGAGGCCGCAAUCCUAGCAUGCAUCAGAAUGAGAUAUUUGCAUCCCGACAUCAGGAUGAAAACAGUGUUGCCUGCAUUGAGGAGAAGUGCUAUGUUCUGACCUUUGCAGAGUACUGCAGAUUUUGUGCCUUGGCAAAGCGUCGAGUUGAGGGGAUCCCAGGCAAGAAAGCAGUGAUGGUUCCUCCAUCAGAAGAAUAUUCCACCCCUGCACAUCGCAAGGUGCCAGAGGACACUGAUCCAGAGCUGGUUUUCCUCUGCCGCCAUGUCUAUGACUUUAGACAUGGGCGCAUCUUGAAGAAUCCACAGUAACAGAGCUCUGCAACUGUGGGGUUGACGAGCGGUGAUGGCAAGAGAGCCAAGGGCAGGCCGACUUCAUUGUCGGUGCAUGCUCUUGUGGAGCACUGCCCAUAGGCACAGAACAGAAUGCCUAAGCACUCUAUCCUCUGCAUUUGGGGAGCAGAUUUCCUGUUAAGGCAGAUGUUCAAAGCACAGCACUUCAUAUAAAGAGCAUAAAUGGAAAUAUAUAUCUAUAGAGAAAUGUGUGUGUGUGAGUGUAUAUAGAUAUAGGUACUCACUUCUGUAAAUCUAUAUCUAUAUCUAUAUAUAUGUACAAUGAGCUUCUUAUAUUGGGGGGAGGGAGGGGAAAAGGAGGGAUGGUCCAGGGGAUAAAAGCCAGUAUAAACUGAAUCCAGAGCCAGUCUUGGUGGGGAUGGUUAGAACAUACAGAACAGAAACUAGCGCAGAAGUGAGUUGAGCUGCGAUACGUCCUUGAUCUCUUGUCCUAUAUGAAGGAUAAAGGCUGAGACCCUUCUGAUUGGUGUAAUACCUGAGGUUGGAGAAGGAUCCCUGUUUUGGAGGCAAUUAUGUACUGAUUAUCCUUCUCCUAUGCUAAAUACGUUUCCCUUCAUGAAGGUGAGAAGGACCACACGCGAGUUGGCUUAUUUUCUAUGUUUGUCCAGUCAGAUUGUGGCUUUCCUGACUGCCUCUGCAUUUCCCCUCCAAAGCAGGAAAUGGGAAAGAUGUAAUCGGAUUACCUCACACCAUUAUGAAAAGCUGCAUAUAUUUUGAAGGCUGCAGUCUUAAGCCAAUUGCUUAGCUGUGGUUUCAUUGAAAUCAGUCAGUCUCACUUCCAAGUAAAUGUGAUUUACGAUCAGUAUAUAUGAAAGCAGGGCCCAGCCUUAAGGAUUGCUCAUGUCAGGAGUGGGCGUGCACCUGAAAAACUCCCAGAAUUUAAGUGACAGCUGCUACAAAACUGAUAUCUACCCUCCAGAAGUUUGGAGCAGCAUCCCUUCUGUUGGUAGAAAUAGUUUACAUUCUUUCCCACCCAGUUCCAUUUUCUUUGCUCUUAUUUACCGUCCUUGUAAAGCCUGGAUUUGCACACGCUAGUGUACUUAGGAGGGCUAGAAACCAGAGUUAGUGAUGGCAUUGUGCUGCUUGAGCUGCAUUCUUUUGAAACAGGCAUCCUGGUCUGCUUUUGCCUGCCUACCUCUCUUCUCUCCCAACACCCCAGACAUCUCCUAAACGCUGACAUCUGAGUAUGCCCACCAAGGCGAGACUCUUUGGCUCCCAAAAGGAACUGACCAAUGAGAGGUUUGCAUUAUGAAAAACUGCUACCUGAUUCCUACAGAUACGUCUGCCUCUUGCCUUACAUGUAUAGGUGUUAGAAAUACUUUAGUUUUAGCUUUAACACAAAGCUAUUUCAGUUAAUUCUAAAGCAAACCAAAGGACAGCAUAAGAAGAGUCCACUGAAUCAGUCUCAUAAAGCUGGGAUUCCAUUUGUAGAUUGCACUAAUUCUAAAGAAUGAGAAUCAACACUGUAUCAGUCCAUGUACCUGCUGAUGGCCAGAGUCAUUCACCUGAACUAUUGACCUGUUUUUUGGGGGAUGGGGGUUUCUGAACUAGUGUUAAAUGAUAAUAGAAGUGUUCCUACGGCUUUAAUAUUGUCUUUUUCAAGUAGAAGUAGCACUACCUGUACUUGCCCUCAGGCUGAAAUUGAGAGUAAUUGCCACCUGUGCUGUAUGCCUGCCUGGCCUGGAGAAAGUAGCCCUGCCAUGUUCAGUUCCUUGUGCAUUAAUGCAAGUGGUAUCUACAGAUUUGCUCUACGUACCAAAGAGGGGACAGUGAUGGGGAGAAAGAAGUUGAAAAUGUCAAAGCUAGAGGCCGUGGUUGUACCACAAGGUCACAAGGGAAUGAUUCCUACUGCAUUCUAGUAGGGGAAGGAUUUAUUCCUGCUAUUAGGGGAAAUGUCCCACCCUAAUUCUGAGCAAAAAUCCAUGGCUGAUCCAAGUUGGCAAGUGCCAAUGUGAUGGUUUUAUUUUUCAUAACCAUUGUUUGGGCAUGUAGAGAGGCUCUUGGAAUUAGUAGUGCUACAAAGCACAUCUUAUAGCACAGGAAUGGAACUGAAGCAUGCCUAUGACGUUUCUAGCAGGUUGAGAGCCUCACAGUGGGGGAGACUCUGAUUUGAUGGAAGGAAGAAUAGAGCUGGCAUCACUCUUUUCAGUCUAGAGAUAUACAGGAGUGGUUUGGGAGCAAUAUUGUAGGUUCUGUAGCUGCUGCCUGUUCUUCCAUUUGCCUGGUUCUAGAGCAAAAAUGAGCAAUUGAAAUAGGGAACGUUCCCAGAAUGAUAUGGGUAAAACUGUGUGUUAGAAGUUGAAUAGUCUGAUCUAUGCAGAAUCAGAUUUGGGAUUCCUUUUUCCCCCCUGUGAUUGGGGUGGGGGAAGAAACCACAUUGCUAGCUAUGCUUUUUAGAAAAGAAAAGAGUAGUAGUGUUCAUGGUAUAGUGAUGGGAAUCCUUAAAGCAUUUAAUUCAAGACUGAAGUCCAGGGUGCCACUGCCCUGUUGAGAGAGGUUUUGAAUCGUAGCGUCAGAAACCAGAGUAACUUCCUGAAAAAUUUGAUGUCUGCUACUGCUUCCUCCUCCUCCUUCUCUGUCCUGUCUCCUCUCCAGGCAGGAAAAAAAAAACCAAUUGUACAAAAAGAAAGAAAUGUUAUAUCUGCCCAGGUUCUGUGAUAGGCUAGAAGCCCCCUAUCUGGAGAGGAGAAUCCCUAACCCUUCCAUGCUUCUGAUAUUGUCAGAAUCUACUUCAGGCCAAGAAAUAUUGUUUAAAGACUUGUGUGGUUGUUUUAUGCUGUUUUGCAGACAGCAUGUAAAUGAUUUGAAAUGUCUUAUCUGAAAUGAAAAUAUUUCAUGCUUUUUUAAUCUAUUAGAUAUGGAAAUAUUUUUGAAACUGAAAAUGCAGUCAGUAGAAUUUAAAUUGAAAUGUAAUACAUGUAAAAUAUAUUUUAGUUGAUAAUUUUGUAAAAUGCACUUUUUUGUGUCUCUUCCCAUGUUUCCCAGAUCUGUAUUUCAGUGUUUACAGAUGGAAUGAGAACAUUCCCUAUACCCUCCUUCUGUGAAAAAGAUAUAUUAGAAGUAAUUCUUAAAAAUAA